GAGAUGUGCUGCAGUAGGUGUAAAAGGUCUAAGUAUGUUUUCCAAAGUUUUGCACAGUAUAAGGCAGUUUAUAGAACAGCAACACCAGCCAUUAUCAGUUAUUACUGAUGCCACAAGUUGUGAUCAUUUGGAUCAAUCUGUAGACAGCGAAGCUUUGGCCAAUGGCUUAUCAGAGCUUAUUAAAAGCCUUCAGGAAGCACUGGAAAUUCUACAACAAAAGACUAACAAUGGUAAUGUUGUAAAACAUGAUAGCAGUGAUGAAAGCCAGCACACUUGUGAUGUGCCCAGUGACUGCCAGGCUAUUGCAACAACAGUAACAACAACAUCAACAAAAGAAAGUGCAAUUUCAGAUAAUCCAGUAGCAAAUGAUAAGCAGAGAAAAAGAAAAAUACCUUCAGAAGAUACAAAUAUUGUUCAGUUGAAGGCUGAUAAAACUGAGAUUGAUAGGAGAAUAUCAGCUUUUAUACAAAGAAAACGCUUAGAGGUUGAUGAAAAUAACAGGAGAGAGUUUUGCCAUGUUUUGAAUGCAGAGCAAGAAAACAGCAAUAAUUGUGCAAGAACUGAUGCUGUGUUCAUUCCAAACUCAAGUGGGAAAAGUCAUGUUAAAGUUUCUAGAGUAGUGAAUGCCUAUGGGCCUCAGACUAUCUUGAAACAAGAAGUCAGAGAAGGAGGUCCCUUUUCCAGCAGCUUGACACCCUCGGGCACAGUGCCUGUGAAGUCUGAGUUCAAGGCUGAAGAUGGACUGAAUGAAAGACUCAUGAAUAUGGAAGCUCAUCUACAGAUGUUUACAGAGGGAAAAAGACAAACAGAUGUUUUCCAAAGGCUAAAAAAAUUAGAAGAAAGGAUUCUAUAUCUAGAAAGUAUCUCGCCAGAAUAUUUCCAAAAAAAUAUCCAGCAGCCAAAAAGAAGAAAAGAAAAUGAACCAAGAACGAAAAUGUAUGGUGAAUGGCAGAACCUGAGUAUACCAGACAUUGACAGGAGGAUUAAAGAACUUUCAGAAAAAUUGCAAUCAAAAGUGAACAGUCAGGUGUAACUAUAAAAAAAAAGGUGGAAAAAGACCAGAGAAGAUGAAAUAGCCAAAAUUGAGAAUACAAGAAAAUCACAGUUACACCAGUCAAAGAAAAUUUAUACUGUUAUAGUUUUUGCCUCUAUAACCCAAUUCGGUGAAUGAAUAUGUAACCAGACCAACAAAGAACAAUGUAAUGAUAUCAAGAUUGUAUGUGUUACACGAGUUGAUAAUUUUUAGGUAAAUAAAAGGAUCAUGUCAACAA